CUAUUUAACAGUUAUGAAGUGUUGAAUUUGAUGUAUCUCAAAAGCUAACAUAAAUUUAACUACCGUAUCUUAUUACUAGCUUAAGUAAGGAUAAUGAAACAAAAGAUGUUUUUGUUAGUAGGACAUCAUGUAACGUCGAGUUGGAUGAAAACUUAGCCACGAGUGCUAUAUGUAUAGCUUCAACACAAAAAGGAGGUGACGGGAUUUCCACAUAAAGCUUUAUUCACUCGGUUAUAAAUAAAGACAGGUUUCACGGCAUGUAUCACACUCAGAACCUUUUUGGCGUGACGCAAAUAAGUGACAGCUGCUGUACCAAGCAGUACAAAUAAAAGGUGCGCCAGCCUGCGGCGUAAACCGGUAAUGCUCAUGUUAUACUCCGGCUGUUGCACAGUAAAAUGAUGAGUGACAUUGAGAAAUUAGCCACUAGGCUAUAUGUAAUUGUACUAAGUAGGCCAUGUUGUUCCUAAAUCAUCUGUCAGUGUCAUGUAACACCAGUAUUAACUGCUAAGUUAUGUGUCUGAAUGGUAGCUACCUGAGCAGAACUAACUGUUGUUCAGAAGGAGUUAUUUUGUCCUUCAAUGUAAAGUGCGUUAUGAAUAAAAACUUGUAUUAUUAUUAUAUUCUUAUUUCACACAUACUCUUCCUUUAACUGUAUCUUGUUUUAUUUUAUAUUUUUAUAAAUUGUAUUAUAUUGUGCGUUGACGCCUCGUUUCAAUGGACUAUCUGUGUGUAUGUAUCUAUGGUUCAAACCUGCAGGUUGUUACAAAGCGAUUUAAAGACCCGCAUGCAAAAUGAUAAAACACACGCUGAUUAAUGUAUUAAAACAUCCUCGUCUGUUUAUCAGCAUGCACGCUGCAAGGACUCGUAACACAGCGAAAACGCAAUACAUAUCCUCACAAAUACGGCUUCUAAAGGGUCUUGUUUAUGUAUUUUCGCGGCAUGAGCUCUUUCGGCCACCGUUACUCCGCCUCCCUGUUAAACGCGCCAAAUUGCAGUUUGCUUUCGCGCCGAGGUCCGAACUGUACUGCACAAAAAUGCCCGCAACUUCGGAAUUCUGCAUUGGGGAGUUGAAACAAGAGGUACCUAAGGAGAGCCAGGAAAAGACAGACGAGAAGGCGGUAAAGAAUUUUGGUAUUUUCAGCGAUGAGCGCGGCUACCUGGAUCAGAUUGAGUACAUCAUGCUGCAAGGGCGCAAAAAGGGAGACCGAACCGGGACAGGAGUCAUCUCAGUGUUUGGCGCUCAGGCCAGAUACAGUCUGCGAGACCAGUUUCCCUUGCUGACGACCAAGAGAGUGUUUUGGAGAGGGAUCCUUGAAGAGCUGCUGUGGUUCAUCAAAGGAUCAACAAAUGCCAAGGAGCUGUCAGAGAAAGGCGUUAAGAUUUGGGACGCCAACGGGUCUCGGAACUUUCUGGACAACCUCGGCUUUACGGAGAGAGAGGAGGGUGACCUGGGGCCCGUGUAUGGAUUCCAGUGGAGGCACUAUGGUGCAGAGUACAAAGACAUGCAUGCAGAUUACACGGGACAAGGUGUUGACCAGCUGGAGAAAGUCAUCGACACCAUCAAGAACAAUCCGGAGGACAGACGAAUCAUCAUGUGUGCGUGGAACCCCAAAGAUCUGCCUCUCAUGGCUCUGCCUCCCUGCCACGCUCUCUGUCAGUUCUACGUGUGCGAUGGGGAGCUGUCCUGUCAGCUGUACCAGCGCUCAGGUGACAUGGGCCUGGGAGUGCCUUUCAACAUCGCCAGCUAUGCACUGCUCACCUACAUGAUCGCACACAUUACAGGACUCAAGCCUGGCGACUUCGUUCACACUCUGGGAGACGCUCACAUCUACAUCAAUCAUAUUGAACCUCUCAAAGUGCAGCUUCAGCGGGAGAUUCGACCCUUCCCUAAACUGAAGAUCCUGAGAAAAGUGGAGAAAAUUGACGAUUUUCGUGCGGAGGACUUUGAGAUCUGCGACUACAAUCCACAUCCCAGCAUCAAGAUGCAGAUGGCUGUGUGAAGCCAGCCACAGAGGAAUGCAGUGUGUUCUUUAACACUCUUUAGUACCGUUCUUUAACACUCUUCUUUAAGUAUGUCUCCUUUAUAUAUAUAUAUAUUUCAAAUCCAAUCUUUAUGUACAUCACCUCCAUAGGUAAAAAGAGAUUUCUGUUGUUGUUCUGUAAGCAACACUUUCUUGAGAAUUACUUUACUGUAUGGAUACUUUUAUUUUCUGUGUUUUCUAACUUAUCUAAUUUUGUUAGUAAAGAUGUUGAGUUUUAAGUGAAA